GCUGCGGAAGCCGCCCGCCGGUGCGGCUGACCCGCGCCGGGCCGGCCCUGGUGCUCGUGCCGGCUGCAGGCAGCGAGCGCUGAUCGCACCUUCGGACCACGCGGCAGAUGUUGAGUCAUUUCUUCCCCGAACCUGCAUGCCCACACGCCAGCACCUGCCUCCCCCCUCGCCGCCGGGCUGGCCGGCACCGCCGGCCCAGGUCGCGCUGCAGUUCGCCGCCGCGCUUGGCCCUUUGCAGGGUGCGAGCUCCUACCCGGCGAGCAGCCCCGGGCAGCGCGCGACCGCCUCCGUGCAACGCACCCGGGCCGCUGCCAGGGCGGAGCGGGCGGCCGAGUGCCGCGCAAGGACCGGGGCGCAGCGCGGGGCAAAACGCUGCUCUUUUAACAUCUCUGCUAUGUCUUUGCUUCCAAAUUUCCCUUUGGGUCCUUUUCUUGCAAAGACAGGAAGCAGAGAUGAGCAACCCCUGGGGAAGCGAGGAUUUGCAAGGGGAAGAAGGAGCAACUAAACAAGUGAGGCUCAACUGGUGCCAUCAAGGUGCCUCAAUAUCAUCUCACAGCGCUGAGCAGCCCCGAAGCAGCAUUUAGAGUCCCUCUCGCCCCAGGGCGCUUUGGGGCUGGGAGCGAUGGGAAGGAGCCGCCUGGGAUGGGAAUCAGCCCCAGAUGCGACCUGCCAGGGCCGGGAGCCGACAGCAGCUCCCGGGGCAGGGCCAGCUCCUUGUUUUCCAGGCCCUGCUCUUCCCCGUGCACAGCUCCAGCUCGCUGCAGGAACCCGGGGCCCAGCAGUGCGCCCGGGGGCUGCGGCUUUCCCGGGGAGGCGGUGCGAGCCGGGGCGGCUGUGCCGGCACUUGCUCAGAGGGGAAAAGCCGCCUGCACCCGGCCCCGGCUGCACCCAUCGCCGGUGGCCGCUUGUGUUUGCUUGUUUUAGGGGCUUUUUAUCGCGGCUCCGCCAGGGCCCUUGACACCCGGGGCUGGCGUGGAAAGCAGGACAGGGCGGGUGGGGGGCAUCAACGCAGCUUCUCGGCCGUGCGGAGGUCCGGCAGGCGAAGGCCCCCCUGCUCCCCGGCAGGGAGGGAGCAGGGCCCAAAGGAGCCGCCCGACGGGGCUAUUGCAGGGUCUGCAGGGCGGCAGGGACGGUGCAACGUGGGCAGGCCACGGCCGACCGGCCAGGGCUCCCGGGGGCUCCCGGGUCCCUCCGGAGCGGCGGGUGGCCGGGCGCCCUCCCCGGGUCGCUGCUGCCCCUGCUCAGCUCUCGCUCCUGCGCUUUGCAAACGCCCAGGGUGCGAGGACGUGGCGGUGGCUGUCGGAGCAGCGCUGCGCUUGGUGCCCCAAAACUGGCCACAGCACUGGGAAAGCAUCGACUGGCGAGUGAGGCUGGAUGCGGGAGAGCAGCUCCGAAUCCUGACGGCCCGGAGAGGCAGUGGUGUCGUUGAGCGGCCCCCCGUGAGCCCCUUCAGCCAGCGAACCGAUUUCGAGUGGGAGACGCACUCCCUGCGCGUGGACCCCGUCAGCAAGGCCGACGGCGGCGUCUACUCGGUGCAUUUCAUGGAUUCAAAAAGCUCCGAGAUUUCCCAGCGCUCCUUCUGCGUGUCGGUGCAGGCGCCCGUGUGCCGGCCGGCGCUGGAGGCGCGCGUGGUGCAGCGCGAGCACGGCUGGUGCAACGUCUCGCUGGCCUGCGCCGUCCCCUGCGCCGGCAACGUCACCUACAGCUGGCGGUGGGCCGGAGCGGCCCCCGAAGCCCUGGGCCAGCGGCUCUCCCUGCAGCUGCGGCUCCGCGCGGACGCCAACGGCACCGUCUACCUCUGCAACGCCAGCAACGCCGUGAGCUGGGCCGCGGCCAGCACCGACGUCUCGGCGCUCUGCAGCCCCGCAGGGUUUUUCCCCCCAGAGCUGUGGUGGACGCUGGCCGUGGCCCUGGGGCUGCUGCUGGCCAUCUCCGUGGCCCUCGCGCUCGCCUGGAGGUGCCGGAGGAGGCGAGGCCCCGUGGGAAACACCGAGGAGCCGCUGACGGUCUACGAGGAGGUGGGCAGUGCCCGGCACAGCCGCGACCGCAACGGCAGCAGCGAGGUCGCCCUGGUGGGAAACACCAUCUACACCACGGUCUGCUCCAAGACGCCGGGGCCCGGCUGCCCGCAGAAGCCCGAGAACCACACCAUCUACGCCACCGUGCAGCCCAGGAAGGGGCCCCCUUCCAUCAAGACGAAGAGGAUCGAGCCGUCUCUCACCUCCACCGCCUACGCCGAGCCCGUGGAGGCCUGCAGCCGCUGGCGCGUCCCGCUGCGGCCCCCGCCGCCGGCUCCCGCGGGCCCCCGCCUCGCCUAGCCGCCCCGGCACGCCGCUCCGCGGGCUGCCUCUCCCGGAGCAAGCGCCGCGGGCGCCCCUCCGCCGGGGACGGAGCCGGGGACGGGCACCGGGACAGAGACGGAGACGUCGCCGGCCGGGUCCUUCCGACGGCUGCAAAGCCCGGCUGCACCUUGCCGGAGCCCCGGCGCCCGGCAGCUCCCGCGGGAGGAGCCGGCUUUGGAGCGCGAUGGGCGGUGGGCGCGCGCCGGGGCGAUCUGCUCCUUUUGUUUCUCUUUUCCUCCAGGUCUCGACAGGCUCAACACGCCUUGGGGCUUUAGUUAGGUGCAAAUAAAAGCUCGAGCGCAACGA